CCACUCUCACACUUGUUACUUUCUUCUCAGCUACUACUCUUUAACAUGUCCCACCGUUCCCUCUUCCGCCGGCCGGAAGCUCCGGUACCGGUAAUCUUCUAUUUUUUCGGAGCUUUCUUAUUCUUUUUCUUCACUUUGCCUGUAAAUGGGUGGCGUCCAUGGCCCAACCAGAAGCCAAACGCCACUGAAUUACUCUACGGCGGGUCCAAAAAGUAUGAGGGGUCAUCGGAGUUUGUCCAUUUGAAAUAUCACAUGGGCCCUGUUCUCACUGCAAAUAUUACCGUUUAUCCCAUUUGGUACGGCCGGUGGGGAAACUCCCAGAAGCGUAUUAUCCGCGAUUUCAUCAGCUCUUUCUCCGCCGUCGAUUCUAAACGCCCUUCAGUCGCUGGUUGGUGGAAAACCGUUCAGCUCUACACCGAUCAAACCGGAGCCAACAUUUCCCGUACUGUCCAUCUUGGAGAAGAAAAAAACGAUCGAUUUUACUCACACGGUAAAUCCCUAACCCGAUUAUCCGUACAAUCGGUGAUAAAAUCCGCCGUCACCGCCCGUACCCGUCCACUACCGUUAAACCCCAAAACCGGCGUCUACUUAUUACUCACUUCCGAUGAUGUAUACGUUCAGGAUUUCUGCCAAAACGUUUGCGGAUUCCAUUACUUCACUUUUCCGUCCAUCGUCGGUUAUACUUUACCGUACGCUUGGGUGGGUAACUCCGCUAAACUAUGUCCGGGUACAUGCGCUUACCCGUUUUCCGUACCCAGUUACAUGCCGGGUUUUAAAGCUGUGAAAUCCCCGAACAACGACGUGGGUGUUGACGGAAUGAUAAGCGUGAUUGCUCAUGAAAUUGCAGAGGUAUCAACGAACCCAUUAGUAAACGCUUGGUAUGCGGGUCAGGACCCUAGUUUUCCGGUAGAGAUUGCGGAUCUUUGUGAAGGGAUUUACGGGACAGGCGGCGGGGGGUCGUAUACAGGGCAAAUGUUGAACGGAAAAGAUGGUGCUACGUAUAAUAUGAAUGGGGUGAGAAGGAGAUUUUUGGUUCAGUGGGUGUGGAAUCAUAUUUUGAAUUAUUGCAGUGGACCUAAUGCACUUGAUCAGUAAAUGUUUUGUUUACAAAAUUCAAAAUUCUAGCAUUUUGGUUCUUAUUUAUGUUUUAAUUUUGGGUUAAUUUGGUUAUGAUGCCAUAUUAAUUAAGCUCUGUUUUACUAUAAGAUAUGUAGUGUAAUAAAAGUAGUUAUAAUUUUGUAUACAGAGUACUUUGCUUCAGUUU